AUGACGCGCAUAUCAGAUGCCGUAAAGCACGACCACGCGCUCAUCCAGCGCGCAUUCCAUCAACUCCGCGAAGCCGACCCGGAUGCUCGCAAGCCGGACGAGUUUGUCUGGGCCCUGGACCGGUACUUGAUUGUCGAGGACCUUGUGGUGUCGCCGGCCCUGGACAACCACAUCGCCAAGGGAAAGGAGAGGCAUCGACGGCUGUCUGAAGAUGUCGACAGCAUCAACGAAAAGCUCCGGCACAUGCAGGCCUACAAGCCAGCCGAAGCCAGCUUCGACACCUCGCUGAGCGCAAUCUGGGUCGACCUGGAACCACACAUGCGCGAAGAGACGGUCACGAGCGGAGACCUCGGGCUGCUCGAAGCUAGUCUAUCGCGCGAGGCCUCAGAGUCGCUUGGGCGGCGGUACGAGGACAUUCGGGAGCUGCUGCAGCGGCCGUAUGGGGAAGACGGGGUGCCGGACCAGAGGACGUUGACGGCAAUUUUGGAGAUGCCUCGAGAGGAGCUGAUGGUUAAGUUGGGAGUGUCGGGGGAGUAA